AUGGCGGUGAUCAAUGUCAUCCAUACCGUUGGGCCGAUAGCAAGAGGCCAUCUCACUGACACUCAUAAAGAAGACUUGGCAAAUUGCUAUAAAUCCUCAAUGAAAUUGGCAAGAGAAAAUAACAUCAAAUCGAUUGCAUUCCCCUGUAUUUCAACAGGAAUUUAUGGUUUUCCAAAUGAGCCUGCAGCUGUCAUUGCCCUUAACACUAUUAAGGAAUGGCUAAGGAAGAAUCAUAAUGAGGUGGAUCGUGUCAUCUUCUGCGUCUUUUUGGAGGUGGACUACAAAAUUUUCAAGAAGAAAAUGAGCGAGUUUUUCCCUGCAGAUGAUGAUAAUGAAGAAGAGACUGAGUUGAGUGAGGAGACAGAAGGAUUGGAGCAAAAAGACCAGCCUCCGUCUCCCACAACGUGCAAAGUGGAGCAAUCUAGUGACCUUCAAAAUGAUGCUGAAGAUCUUAUAGCGUAUCACCUCUAUCCAUGGUUGAAAAUUAAAGACACUAAUCUUUAG